UGCCCCUCCCUAGGUGCCGAUCAGUUCUACUGGGCACCAGGCCACACUCGUCACCGGUGGGUAAAGCCCAGCACCGCGGCUAAGCCACGCGUGGACCUGGGGCCCGCCGACCUGCUGACACGACCUGGGCCCCGAGUCUGGCUCUCCAGCAGCUGGACUGAGAAGGGCUACCCCUGCCAAGUUCUGGAACUUUCUGCCCCUCCCUGGCCAGACCCUGCCGCCUCCCUCCCCCGCCCCCACAGAGGGCUCUGACUUUCAGUAAAUGACAAGAGGCUCAGGAAACCAAGGGGCCCGCACAGGAAGGAGCCCGUGGGGCUUUCCUGCCGGCCUCCCGGCCUCCGCGCGGCCUUCCUUAGUCCAGGGUCCCACCGCCAGCUCUGUCCUCCUCGCCCAGAAGCCCUGAGCCCUCUGGAGAGGACUAAGCGCCCCAGGCCGACUGCACCCAUGGCACCUCCAAGUGAGGAGACGCCCCUGAUCUCCCAGCGCUCCUGCAGCCUCUCCUCCUCGGAGGCUGGUGCGCUCCACGUGCUGCUGCCUCCUCGGGGUCCGGGGCCUCCACAGAGGCUGUCUUUCUCCUUUGGGGACCACUCGGCUGAGGAACUGUGUGUGAGGGCUGCCAAGGCCAGCGGCAUCCUGCCCGUGUACCACUCACUCUUUGCCUUGGCCACGGAGGACUUGUCUUGCUGGUUCCCUCCGAGCCACGUCUUCUCUGUGGAAGAUGCGGGCACCCAAGUCCUAGUCUACAGACUGCGCUUUUACUUUCCCAACUGGUUUGGGCUGGAGAAGUGCCACCGCUUUGGGCUACGCAAGGACUUGGCCAGUGCCAUCCUGGACCUGCCUGUCCUGGAACACCUCUUUGCCCAGCACCGCAGUGACCUGCUGAGUGGGCGCCUGCACGUGGGUCUCAGCCUCCAGGAGCAGGGCGAGUGUCUCAGCCUGGCCGUGCUGGACGUGGCCCGCAUGGCCUGUGAGCAGGGCCAGCGGCCUGCCCAGCUCCUGAAGACCGUCAGCUACAAGGCCUGCCUGCCGCCUGGCCUGCGCGACCUGAUCCAGGGUCUGAGCUUCGUGACCCGGAGACGUAUUCGGACCACGGUGCGCUGCGCCUUGCGCCGUGUGGCGGCCUGCCAGGCGGACAGGCACUCGCUCAUGGCCAAGUACAUCAUGGACCUGGAGCGGCUGGACCCUUCUGGGACCACUGAGACCUUCCGCGUCGGUCUGUCCGGGGCCGCGGGUGGCCAGGAUGGGCAGGGGUUGCUCCGCGUGGCUGGCGGCAGCGGCAUCUCCUGGAGUCCCGCAGCACAGGAGGUCUUCCAGCCCUUCUGUGACUUUCCAGAAAUCGUGGACAUCAGCAUCAAGCAAGCCCCACGGGUUGGCCCGGCUGGGGAGCACCGCCUGGUCACUAUCACCAGGACGGACAACCAGAUCCUGGAGGCCGAGUUCCCGGGGCUGCCCGAGGCGCUGUCCUUCUUGGCUCUGGUGGACGGUUACUUCCGCCUGAUUUGUGACUCCCGCCACUUCUUCUGCAAGGAGGUGGCACCGCCACGGCUGCUGGAGGAAGUGGCCGAGCAGUGCUAUGGCCCCAUCACCCUGGACUUUGCCAUCAACAAGCUCAAGGCGGGGGGCUCACUUCCCGGCUCCUACGUUCUCCGUCGCAGCCCCCAGGACUUCGACAGCUUCCUCCUCACUGUGUGUGUGCAGACACCCCUCGGGCCCGACUACAAGGGCUGCCUCAUCCGGCGGGACCCCGGAGGAGGAACCGUGUCGCUGGUCGGCCUCGGCCGUCCUCACAGCAGCCUUCGGGAGCUGCUGGCAGCCUGCUGGGACGGCGGGCUUCACGUGGAUGGAGUUGCCCUGCAGCUUAGCUCCUGCUGUACCCCCAGACCCAAAGAAAAGACCAACUUGACUGUGGUCCGGAGGGGCUGCGGCCCACCCUCCACCUCCCCUGUCCAGCCCCAGUCCCAACAUAAGCUGAAUCAGAUGACGUUCCACAAGAUCCCUGCCGACAGCCUGGAGUGGCAUGAGAACCUGGGCCACGGGUCCUUCACCAAGAUUUACCGGGGAUGUCGCCACGAGGCUGUGGACGGGGAGGCCCGGGCGACGGAGGUGCUCCUGAAGGUCAUGGACGCCAAGCACAGGAACUGCAUGGAGUCCUUCCUGGAAGCUGCCAGCUUGAUGAGUCAGGUGUCCUACCCGCAUCUGGUGCUGCUCCACGGCGUGUGCAUGGCUGGAGACAGCAUCAUGGUGCAGGAAUUCGUCCUCCUGGGAGCCAUAGACACCUACCUGCGCAAGCAUGGCCACCUGGUGCCAGCCAGCUGGAAGCUGCAGGUGGUCAAACAGCUGGCCUACGCCCUCAACUACCUGGAGGACAAAGGCCUCCCUCAUGGCAACGUCUCAGCCCGGAAGGUGCUGCUGGCUCGGGAGGGGGCUGAUGGGAGCUCGCCUUUCAUCAAGCUGAGCGACCCUGGUGUCAGCCCCACUGUGCUAAGCCUGGAAAUGCUCACCGACAGGAUCCCCUGGGUGGCCCCCGAGUGUCUCCAGGAGACGCAGACGCUUGGCUUGGAAGCUGACAAGUGGGGGUUUGGUGCCACAGUCUGGGAGGUGUUCAGCGGGAUCCCGAUGCCCCUCAUCAACCUGGACCCCCCCAAGAAACUCAAGUUUUAUGAGGACCGGCAGCAGCUGCCGGCCCCCAAGUGGACAGAGCUGGCCCUGCUGAUCCAGCAGUGCAUGGCCUACGAGCCAGGCCAGAGGCCCUCCUUCCGAGCUGUCAUCCGGGACCUCAACAGCCUCAUCACUUCAGACUAUGAGCUCCUCUCAGACCCAACCCCUGGCACCCUGGCGCCCCGAGACGGGCUGUGGAGUGGUGCCCAGCUCUAUGCCUGCCAGGACCCCACGAUCUUUGAGGAAAGACACCUCAAGUACAUCUCACAGCUGGGAAAGGGCAACUUUGGCAAUGUGGAGUUGUGCCGCUAUGACCCGCUGGGUGACAACACGGGCGCCCUGGUGGCUGUGAAGCAGCUGCAGCACAGUGGGCCAGAUCAGCAGAGGGACUUCCAGCGGGAGAUCCAGAUCCUCAAAGCCAUGCACAGUGACUUUAUUGUGAAGUACCGUGGUGUCAGCUAUGGCCCCGGUCGCCAGAGCUUGCGGCUGGUCAUGGAGUACCUGCCCAGCGGAUGCCUGCGUGACUUUCUGCAGCGGCACCGCGCACGCCUGGACUCGAGCCGCCUCCUCCUCUACGCCUCGCAGAUCUGCAAGGGCAUGGAGUACCUGGGCUCCCGCCGCUGCGUGCAUCGCGACCUGGCGGCCCGGAACAUCCUGGUGGAGAACGAGGCUCACGUCAAGAUCGCCGACUUCGGCUUGGCCAAGCUGCUGCCGCUCGACAAGGACUACUACGUGGUUCGCGAGCCCGGCCAGAGCCCCAUCUUUUGGGGAGUCUCAUCCUUCCAGCUGCCUGGGCCUGAUCCCACUGUACUCCCGUCCUUUCAGGUUCAUGAACUUAUGAAGCUGUGCUGGGCCUUGAGCCCACAGGACCGGCCGACCUUCAGUGUCCUGGGUCCGCAGCUGGACGCGCUGUGGAGUGGAAACCGGGGGUAGCAGCCAAGGGCCUCAGACCUAUGCCUUCUCCGCCGGCUCAUCCCAAGGGCAAACCUGUUCCCCGUCCUCUUCAUAUCUCCAGAACUCAGAUCUCCAUGUGACCUCAGGCAGAGGACUGCCCCUCUCUGGUCCCCUGAGGCCUUGGGAGGGUCCCUGCUUCAUGAAGACCCCUCCUGGGGCAGAUGACAUUGGUCAGCAGCCUGGUGGCCCCAGGAACUUGUAAAAAUGCAAGGCAGAUGGCUCCUGAGCCCUGCCCGCAGAUGCAAGGGACAAAAUUCAAGCCCCUCCUGGCCUCCCAGCCCUUCUUGGUGUGGCCCUGAGUUUCCUUUCUUCUUCCCAAAGUGGAUACAAUAUAACUUUAAGUAUGUGAUCUCAGGCGUUGCUUUUUGGGGGGUACAGGGGAUUGCACUCAGGGGCACUUGACCACUGAGCCCCACCCCCAGCCCUAUUUUGUAUUUUAUUUAGAGACAGGGUCUCACUGAGUCGCUUAGGGCCUCACUAAGUUGCUGAGGCUGGCUUUGAACUCGAGAUCCUCCUGCCUCAGCCUCCAGAGCUCUGGGAUGACAGGGGUGGCCACGGCGCCUGGCGAGGGCGUUGCUCUUUGACCCAAGGAUGAAGUGCUGUCCUGCUUGGGGUUUGCAGGACAGAGCCUGUGUCUGUUCCGGAUGGAGUAAGGAGACAGGGAGGCCAGGGUUCCAGUGUCCCCCUAGCCAUGCCUGAGUGUCCCUGGACUUCAGUUUCCCUACCUGUCAGUAGGACCCUUUCUGUCUUGACCCUCUAAGGUCCCACAACAGAUGAUAUGAGAGCCUGGUGGGAACUUUUGAGGCAAUUGAGAGAAGGAACAGCAUUCCUGGCAGAGAGAACAGCACGCCAAGGGUGAAGGGGCUCAGAGUACAGAGGUGAAGAGCCCAGGUGUUGGAGCCCACAUUUCCCCCAUUUACUGUGUGAGGGUGGGCAAGUUGCUUCUCCUCUCUGGUCUCAGUUCUGCAAGGGCAGAACUGGCCCUUUGGUGGUAGAGGCAACUUCCUGAGGCUGGCGAGGAGGUGUCCCGUUCGGGUUAUGCUCCUAUCACUCUUCUUUAUCCGAAGGGUUUUCGUUACUUUGCCUCCCUGUGAAGCUCUUAUUCAUCUCUCAAAACCCCAGCUGUCAUGACCUUCUGUGUAGCCCCCACACACGCCGCGCCAGCCCUGUCCUGCCCUCCAGUCUAACCGCUGACACGGGGGCUCUUGGGGCCUGAGCUGAGGUCUUAGCUCAGGGUGGGCACACAGUGGAGUCUGUCUGGGAGUGUUUGUUGAAUGAAUAAAGGAUUCAGUGGGAA